CUCUCCCUCUCUCUCUCUCACUGACUCAGAUCUUUACUCUGCUCUUCCGACGCGACACCGACGACAUGAGCUCCCGCAAAGAUGUAGCGCCUGAACGCCUUAAAUCUCCAACAAAAUGAGGAUGAAAACGGGAGGAAUGCAGGCAGGAUGAAGCACAUAACACCAGUGUCCGGAACGGAUAUUCUUUAUUUUCUUUAACAAAACUGUCUGUUCCCUUUUUUUCUUCUUAAUCCGAGUCGUUUUCUAAGAAGCGGGGAUGAAGAAGGAGGAUCCUGGAUUGUGGAAAUCGUUUCCGGAUGAUUUCGGCUUGUCGGAUUCUGUAAUCUCUUUUACUUUAUGUCCAAAUCAAUUGUCGCGAACAGAAGCAAAGGACAAAGUUCUAUGUUUCCAUCGAUUUGCUUGAAAGAUCUACAUAUGAUGAUUGUUUUUUUUUUUCUUGAUUUUUUUCUGACUCACAAAACCAGCCUUCAUCACACUUUUAUACAUUUUCUGGACAGAUAUUAAACUUGACCACCACUUUAUCCUAAGAUCAUUAAUUAACAAUUAUUUUAUUCACAAUCAAAUGGCUUUUCCUCUUUUCAUAUCCAUACUAUUACAUGAUGCACAUUUUAUGACACUCCAGUCCUUACUGUGAAAGAAUUGAAACAACCAGAAUUUUUAAAAAAAUAUUUUUUUAUUCUAUGAAGAUGGAUAAAAAUCAAUCGGGAGACAUGACAGUCCUUCAUGUGGGCCUCUUUGCUUUGGUUCUGCUCAGUCCUGUUACUGCUGCUCAGAGUGAGGAGAGGGAGUGUGCGUACGCCGAACAGCAGGACCUGUCCAAGCGCAUUGAUGGAGGAGGAGAGGGGCGUGUCUUCCUGGAAAACAACACCAUUCGUUGCAGCCAGGUUGGGCGGUGCUACGGAUUGUGGGAGAAGAAGCACAACGGCGUGCAUCUGGUCAAACAAGGUUGCUGGGGGUCCCAGGGUGGCCAGCGGAUGUGCCAUGAUGACCGUUGCCAGGUGACAGAGCCACCCUCCCAGAUCCAAAAUGGCACCUAUCGCUUCUGUUGUUGUAGCAAAGACAUGUGCAACCUGAACUUCACCGAGGACUAUCCUCCACCCAGAUCCACCCCCGCACCUCCAGUCCGUGAGUCUCGCCAUCUCUACCGAGAGGAGGCCAUCUUGAUUGCCUUGGCAACUGUCUCCAUGGUAGCUGUCCUGGUUGUGCUGGUCUUUUUUUGCCUUCGUGUACUGAGAGGACGUGGUAAACAGAGUCUCCAUAACCUGAACAUGUUGGAGGCGGCUUUCUCUCCUCCAUCACUGGACCUGGACAGUCUCAAGCUUCUGGAGCUGAUUGGGCGUGGUCGGUACGGGUCGGUGUACCGUGGCUCCCUGGACGAGCGUUCCGUGGCGGUUAAAGUGUUCACCAGCACCAACCGGCAACCGUUUGUUAACGAGCGCUCCAUCUACCGUCUCCUACUGGACCACGACAGCAUCACACACUUCCUCGAGACGGAGGAACGAGUCGGAAGCGAUGGACAGCCAGAGUACUUGCUCAUUAUGGACUACUACCCACACGGUUCUCUCUGCACGUAUCUGAGCACGAGGACAGUCGACUGGUUGAGCUGCUGCCGUCUGGUCGUCUCUGUCACCAGAGGACUGGCUUACCUUCACACGGAGCUGGUGAGAGGAGAUAUAUACAAGCCUGCCGUCUCUCACAGGGACCUGAACAGCAGGAACGUGUUGGUGAAACCAGACGGCUGCUGCGUCAUCAGUGAUUUCGGCCUGUCCAUGGCCCUGACAGGAAAGAGACAGUCGGGUCAGGUGGAGGAGGACAACACAGCCAUCAGCGAGGUGGGCACAGUGCGGUACAUGGCUCCGGAGGUGCUGGAGGGAGCUGUGAAUCUGCGAGACUGCGAGGCUGCACUAAAACAAGUGGACGUUUUUGCUCUCGGUCUGCUGUACUGGGAAUGCUUCAUGCGCUGCACUGAUCUCUUCCCAAGUGAAUCCGUGCCCCCGUUCCAGCUGGCCUUCCAGGCUGAGGCAGGAAAUCAUCCGACCAUAGAGGAAAUGCAGGCACUGGUUUCCCGCCAUAAACAGAGACCCAAAUUUCCUGAAGCCUGGAAGGAAAACAGUCUGGCAGUACGCUCUCUGAAGGAGACGAUAGAGGACUGCUGGGAUCAGGACGCCGAGGCUCGGCUCACAGCUCAGUGUGUGGAGGAACGUCUGGCUGAACUGCUCGUCCUCUGGGAACGAGAAAAAUCCACAAGUCCUGCUGUAAACGUCAGCACGGCCCUGCACAAUCACAGGAACUUGUCACAUGGACAUCAAGCACCAAAGACUGGCUCCUACCCAGAAACCUCGUCUUCAGCUACUGUUGAGGAGAGAGAGGGUGGAGCUAAACCUCCUCACAGUGAUGCAUCUACAGAACCUGUGCUGAUGGGAGGAGCUGCAGAAAAGAACAGAAACUGCAUCAAUUAUGAGCGUCAACAAGCCCAAUCUGGGUCAGGGCCUGACGGUACCAUGCCUGCGCUGCUCUCUAAACCCAUGGCAGUGAAGUGCGGUGGCCGUCCCCUCCAUGCCCAGCUCACUCAGGAAGAUCUGGAGACCACUAAACUGGACCUGAGCGAGGUGCAGAGGAACCUGCGUGAGAGCUCUGACGAGAGCUUAAUGGAGCAUUCAGAAAAACAGUUCAGCUUCGGUGAAACGGGGAGCUCACAAAGUCCCUUCUACCCGCUUGCGGAUGCGACUGCUGACAUCAUGGGGUCACAGGUUUCCACACCUUCAUCCGUCCUGCCCAAGCAGCAAAACGUCCCGAAGAGACCCAGCAGUCUGAGCCUGCAGUCUAAACCUGCUGCAGCUUUGUCUCUCAGGAUGAAGUUCAGCAAGCUGAGCAAAAGCAAUCUAAAGAAAGCCGACGUGGACGUGGCCAGAACUAAAUCUGCUCCUGAGCCACGCCCAGUUAAGGUUAUCUCCAACAACACAGUCUCAGAAAUAAUGGCAAAUAUAAGCACACAGCUGCCACCAGGGGGCACUGUGAGCACCACUGAAUCUCAGAGUAAAGAUGGUGUGAGCUCAGAGGAGAUGAGCUUCGGAAUCCUGACCGCCAGUCCGGACGAGCAGGAGCCCCUGCUGAGGAGAGACACACAGCUGGAGAACAACACCAACAACAACAACAGCAAUAACAAUGGCGGAGACGGUGAGGGCGAUGGAGAGGGUGAGAGCAGAGACGGAGGAGGAGGAGGGGAGAUUGGUGAGAGUGCUGCACAACUCGGAGAGACUUCCUCCUCAUCUGUGACAGAGCCUCCUGUACCGCCUCCUUCACGCCCACCUGCCCCGCCCAUGACCACGCCCCAGCUGACACCCGCAGCACUCACACAGGGUGAGGCACUGCUCAGGCAGAACCGUGGACGAAGACCCGAGAGACCAAACUCACUGGACCUGUCCAUCACUACGCUGCCCUUACUGGGAGGCCACUCAGACUGUGAUGGGAAGGAGGGAUCAGGAGACAAGAUUAAAAAACGAGUGAAGACCCCCUACGCUUUAAAGAAGUGGCGUCCGGCGACUUGGGUCAUCACUACAGACACUCUCGAUGCCGAAGUGAACAACAACAAGUGUCCUGGAGGUCAGAACCACAAUGCUGGGCCCAGCAGAGCCAAAUCAACCCCUGCAGUUAACCUGAGGGGACGAGGGGGCGUAGCCUCUGGCUUCACCUCUGACCCCAGCGACUGCACCUUUUAAAGCUCGGAAACCUGCUUAGACUCUCUUGAGAGAUCUGUGCUGGAUCCAGGGGCAUUCCAGGAGAUGAAGCUUGUAUCCAGUGGAGAAUGAUCUGAUGCACUUGGACUCUGGGAGAUAAUCUCUGAAUAAGCACAGCCAGUUCUCAUACCUGUAUCUCAUAUCUGAUGUGUGUUUGUGUUUUUUUUUUGUUUGUUUUUUUUGUUUGUUUGCUUCCUUAUGUGUGUAUGUGUGUAUGUGCGUGUUGCACUUAACACGAGGGCUGAUUUACGCUUCUGCAUCUGGUCAUAUUUACAUGUAAUACAGACGUGGACACUAGGGGUCAGUGUUGCAUUGUACAAACUCAGAAUGUGGUCCAGUGGAGAGAAAAUAGCUGAAGGAAAUCGAUGGAAUCACACUUUCACUCCACAGAGGUCCAUUUAUGGUUCCACUGUAGCACUUACUAAAACGUUGGUUAGCAUGUUCGCCUCACACCUCCAGGGUUGGGGGUUCGAUUCCCGCCUCCGCCUUGUGUGUGUGGAGUUUGCAUGUUCUCCCCGUGCCUCGGGGCUUCCUCCGGGUACUCCGGUGUCCUCCCCCGGUCCAAAGACAUGCAUGGUAGGUUGAUUGGCAUCUCUGGAAAAUUGUCCCUAGUGUGUGAGUGCGUGAGUGAAUGAGAGUGUGUGUGUGUGUGUGUGCCCUGCGAUGGGUUGGCACUCCGUCCAGGGUGUAUCCUGCCUUGAUGCCCGAUGACGCCUGAGAUAGGCACAGGCUCCCCGUGACCCGAGGUAGUUCGGAUAAGCGGUAGAAAAUGAGUGAGUGAGAGGGUAAACAUUGUGAGCUAAUCAAAAACAAGUGGGCGGGGCGUUGGGCUCUAUUUUGUCUGUAAAAAAAUGGAGGAGCUGAUUAUUAUUAGUUCACAGCCCUGAACUAGACUUUUAUCAACUUUUUCUAACAAAAUAAUCCACCGACUCAUUCGUUGAAACAGUUUUGUGUUUUGUGGUCAAAUUCUGUUUUUCUUUCUUUUUUUUUUUAAUUUUUGGCUUCUCGAUAGUGAUAUUUGCACUUUCUCACCGUUUUGUUUUUUUGUUCUUCUUUUUAUAUCAUUGGUUACCAGAACAACUUAAAAAAAGAAAAGAAAAGUUGUGCUUAUUCCUAAUCCACUUCUUCUUGCUUUUGACACAAAAACAUUCACACACAUGCAUUUUUGCAGAAGUAUAAAUCAGCCCUAACAGUCAUACUUCUUGACUCUGUCUUGACCAUAAUAUAAUUACGGUCCUUAAACACAAAGAAAUCGAGAGAGAGCUUGUUAUAACGUUUUCUAAAUAUUAUAACCUAUAUAUAAAGAGCACAUCAUGGUAUAUAAGCGUGCACAUGAUUUCUGUAAGAUGGUAUAUACAGGAGCAGCUGGUGUAAAUGUGUUAGCAGCGUGAAGCCCCUUCAAGCCCCUUUUUCUUAAUGACAGCUAAAAAGACUUCACUGUCUCAUUUUUGUCAUCUAGAUCAGAUUAUUUGCUCUUAACAAAUCUUUGUUUGUUGGAACCUGCGGCUGAUUUCUUUCCGUCUCAGACUGUAGACUCCUGCAGCCAAUCAGUGACAGUCGUGUCAGGCGUUUCUACAAACUGUAAAAGCUCCUAGAUUGCUCUUUCAUCCUUUGUUUAAUCAGCACCAUGUUCAUGUUAAACCCUCAAAUCUCCAUUAAGCUUGUUAAAAUAUCAACUUGCACAUAUGUUUUUGUGUUUGCAUGUGUUUUAAUUUUAAUACACACAAGUUUUAUUAUCAGACAAAGAAAGGGGAGACAUUUUUGUGACAUUUAUCCAUGUGCUGCAUUUGUUUGCUUUGUUUUAAUGGCGAGUUGCAAUUGAAUAACAUGUUAAUGUAUCUGUGUGUUUGUGUAUGUGUGUGUGUGUGUGUGUGUGUGUGUGAGAGAGAGAGAGAGAGAGAGAGAGAGAGAGAGAGAGAGAGAGAUGUUCAUCUUGUCUUACUGUGUAUGAGUGUGUGUGAAUCAUUUUCAUCCUGCAUGUCUAUAUCUACGUGUUUGUGUACACGUGAAUGUUCACGUUAAAGGACAAAAAGCAAGUCAUGUCAGAAUUCAGAGGUCAAAUCUAUGCACAAAGUCACGCUCUGAGCUCCCACCGGUCACUGACACACUCAUGGACACUGCUGAGGUUUUCUCCUCUUUCUGACUGCUGCAUGGAUGAAGUGCAUCUUUUUUCCAGGAGCACAAUAUCAUAUAACGACUGACUUCGAGAAGCCCAUGUGAAGUUUCCGUGUGUGUGUGUGUGUGUGUGUGUAGGUUUUUACUGUGUGUUCUGCUGUCACAUGUGCGUUGUUUCAGUGUUGUGUCAGACCGUCGUUUGAUUGAUCAGAUCAUUACGCCUGUGAUCCCAGUGCCACCUCGGUGUACACUUUGGAAUUUGUGAUUUCUAUUGGAUUGCAAAACUGUAUCGUUGCUGCAUUUUAAUAAAUAAUGCUUUGCAGUCGCA